UGCCUUUCCAGAUUUGCCCUACUUGUGCGCCAGCGUCACCAGCAUCACCAGCGCUGUCAUCCGCCUCACAACUGCUCUUUUAAAGCUUCUUUUUAUCUCAUCGUCAACAUGUCUAUCAUCCAAGACAACACCACCGCUCUUGACUUUCUCUCCAGUUACGACUCCAAAGAUGGCCUCAAUGUCAACCAAUUGAUGGACUCUAAGACCAGAGGUGGGCUUACCUACAAUGAUUUCUUGAUCUUGCCUGGCAAAAUCAACUUUCCAUCCUCUAUUGUCAACUUAGAAUCCAAAUUGACCAAAAAAAUCACUCUCAAGGCUCCCUUUGUCUCAUCACCAAUGGACACUGUCACUGAAGUUAAUAUGGCUAUCCACAUGGCUCUUCUUGGUGGAAUUGGUAUUUUGCAUCAUAAUUGUUCUCCCGAAGAACAAGCUGAAAUGGUUAGACAGGUCAAAAGAUACGAAAAUGGUUUCAUAAACAACCCAGUGGUUGUUUCUCCAGAUUUCACUGUUGGCGAUGUGAAAAAGUUAAAAGAAUCUUUAGGUUUUGCUGGAUAUCCAGUUACUGAAAACGGAAAGUUCCCCGGAAAACUAGUCGGUAUUAUUACAUCUCGUGAUAUUCAAUUUCACGAAGAUAAUUCAACAAAGGUCUCUGAAAUUAUGACAACUGAUAUAGUCACUGCUCAUAAAGGUAUUGGUUUACAUGAUGGCAAUGAAAUAUUAAGAAAAUCAAAAAAGGGUAAAUUACCAAUUGUCGAUUCAAACAAUAAUUUGGUCUCUUUGUUAUCAAGAACUGAUUUAAUGAAAAACUUAAAUUACCCAAAUGCUUCAAAAUCCCCUCAAACUAAACAGUUAUUAUGUGGUGCCGCCAUUGGUACUAUCGAAGCUGAUAAAGAAAGAUUAGCAAAAUUGGUUGAAGCUGGUCUUGAUGUCGUUGUUCUUGAUUCCUCUCAAGGUAAUUCUGUUUUCCAAUUAAAUAUGAUUAAAUGGAUCAAACAAACCUUUCCAGAUUUACAAAUUAUUGGUGGUAACGUUGUAACUAGAGAACAAGCUGCUUCUUUAAUUCAAGCAGGUGUAGAUGGUUUAAGAAUUGGUAUGGGUUCAGGUUCAAUUUGUAUCACUCAAGAAGUUAUGGCUUGUGGUCGUCCCCAAGGUACUGCUGUAUUUAAUGUCUCCGAAUUUGCAAAUAAAUUCGGUGUUCCAUGUAUUGCUGAUGGUGGUAUUCAAAAUAUUGGUCAUAUAACUAAAGCAAUCGCUUUAGGUGCAUCAACUUGUAUGAUGGGUGGUAUGUUAGCAGGCACUACUGAAUCUCCUGGUGAAUAUUUUUAUAGAGAUGGUAAACGUUUAAAAUCUUAUCGUGGUAUGGGUUCAAUUGAUGCCAUGCAAAAGACUUCUGUCUCUGGUAAUGCUGCUACGUCUCGUUAUUUUUCGGAAUCAGAUCAAGUCUUAGUAGCUCAAGGUGUUUCAGGUUCAGUUGUCGAUAAGGGUUCCAUUAAAAAAUAUAUUCCUUAUAUUUUUAAUGGUUUACAACACUCUUGUCAGGAUAUUGGCGUUCAAUCAUUAGCCCAAUUAAGAGAAGAAGUUGAUAAUGGUGAUGUUCGUUUUGAAUUUAGAACUGCUUCUGCUCAACUUGAAGGUGGUGUUCACAAUUUACAUUCAUACAACAAACGUCUUUAUAAUUAAAUUAUAACUUAAUUAUAAGCUUUUUCUAACACUUUUUUUUAACUUCUCAUAAAUUUUUUUUUUCUACUUUAAUUAUAUAUUCUCUUCGGCUGUUAUAAAAAUAUUUUUCUCUUUGUAUAAUUUUUUAGAUUUUAAUAUAUUCGCACUAUUUCGUUAAUACCUUAGUUUUAAUCUCAUCCU